CUAUUUGUUAUAAAUGGAGACGGUUCAAAAUCCCCACCCCCCGCUCCCCCUAACAACAAAGACAGAAACCUCUUGUUGUUUCUCUAAACUGUUCUCCCUCCCAAUAAUUGAAUCGACUCAUCUGGCGCUGGACUUUUGCCCACAUGACACCACUGGUUUCUGCGUCCUCGGCCACCUACAUUCUUCCUUCGAAAUUUCCAUGACAUAAAAAUGAAGGCAACUUGUUCGAUGAAAUGCCUCAAUGAUUGAUGAUGAGCAAGUGGAUGGAUGCCCAUGUUCUCAUUCUGAACCAUUAUGGGCUUUGUUAAGCUGCAGUCAUCUCCUUCGCAAUUUCGUGCUUCCUCAGUGAUGGAUUCGAGAGAAUAUGGGUUUUAUGAACCAUUGUCAUAAAGUAACAAUUGAUGUUUUAUGGUCGAGGAAACUGGUUAUUAUCGCUUUGCGAACAUAACGUUGUUAACCCGUCCACUUUUUUUAAUAUAUUUUUUUUCCUGCUAACUUCACUGGCUUGAGGAGCCUUUCGUCAUGGAGAUUCACAGAGAGUAUAUUUUUUGUACUAUGAUCUAAGGAGAAAUGAUGUACAAUAUGGACGAGAUUGGAUGGUAUGGUAAGAAGAUAAUGGCAAGAAAAGCCAUGACCAUCCAAAUGGAAGAGCAAAGAGAAACCAGGCAAGAAAUCGAGAGAGGCAAUGACAUGGAAGAAGGAGAGGCUACGGAGAAUCUGAAGGAGGAUUUGAAGGCAAUUCCAUCGUGGAAGAGUCAGAUAAGCUUUCGAGGUCUCGUUGCGAGCCUCUUCAUUGGAGUAAUGUACAGUGUGAUUGUGAUGAAGCUCAAUUUGACUACAGGGCUCGUGCCGACCCUCAAUGUCUCUGCUGCUCUCCUUGCCUUUGUCCUCCUUAGAUCUUGGACUAAGUUGCUUCACAAGGCUGGGAUCAUUUCCAAGCCUUUUACUAAGCAAGAGAACACUGUAGUUCAAACUUGUGCAGUUGCCUGCUAUAGCAUCACAAUUGGAGGUGGAUUUGGGUCUUAUUUAUUGGGGCUGAACAAGAAAACUUAUGAGUUAGCAGGGGCAGAUACAGAAGGAAAUACUGCAGGGAGUUACAAGGAGCCUGGAGUUGGUUGGAUGACCGGAUUCCUCUUUGUUACUAGUUUUGUUGGGCUUUUUGCUUUGGUUCCUCUCAGAAAGAUCAUGAUAGUAGACUACAAGUUAACUUAUCCAAGUGGCACUGCAACUGCUGUUCUUAUUAAUGGGUUUCACACUACGAAGGGAGACAAAAUGGCCAAGAAACAGGUCCAUGGGUUCGCAAAGUACUUCGUAUUCAGCUUUCUUUGGAGCUUUUUUCAGUGGUUUUUCUCUGGAGGCCAAACUUGUGGAUUCUCACAGUUUCCAACAUUUGGUCUACAGGCUUAUAAAGAAACAUUUUUCUUUGAUUUUAGCUUGACAUAUGUGGGAGCUGGUAUGAUCUGCUCCCAUCUUGUGAAUAUCUCUCUAAUUCUUGGAGCAGUACUUUCAUGCGGAGUAAUGUGGCCAUUGAUUAGAGAACAGAAAGGGGAUUGGUAUCCUUCUACAAUUUCAGAGAGCAACAUGAGAAGCCUGCAAGGUUACAAAGUUUUUCUCUCCAUUGCUUUGAUCAUGGGAGAUGGUUUGUACAAUUUUCUCAAAAUUACUGCCAUAACAGCAAGAAACAUGCAUUUGAGGUUCAUCAAUAGAAACCUUAAAUCAGAUAAUAACGGUAUGGUACUUGACGAUCUUCAACGCAAUGAAGCAUUCAUGAGAGAAACCAUACCCACAUGGCUAGCAUGCACUGGUUAUCUUCUCUUUAUAACAAUAUCCAUCAUUUCCAUCCCCCUUAUGUUCCCCGAGGUUAAAUGGUACUAUGUUGUCACUGCCUACAUCCUCGCCCCUGCUUUAGGCUUCUGCAACGCCUACGGCGCUGGCCUGACCGACAUAAAUAUGGCUUACAACUAUGGGAAAAUAGCACUCUUCAUAAUUUCCGCUUGGGCAGGAAAAGACUCUGGAAUAGUCGCCGGCAUGGUUGGCUGUGGUGUCAUAAAAUCCGUGGUCUCAAUCUCUGCUGAUCUAAUGCAUGAUUUCAAGACUGCACAUCUGACACUAACAUCACCGCGAUCAAUGCUUAUAAGUCAAGCCAUUGGUACUGCAAUGGGCUGUGUUAUUGCCCCUCUAUCUUUCUUUCUCUUUUACAAGGCUUUUGAUAUUGGAAAUCCUGAUGGGAGCUUUAAGGCUCCUUAUGCAUUAAUUUAUAGAAACAUGGCGAUUCUUGGAGUCGAGGGAUUUUCGGCGCUCCCUCACCAUUGCCUUCAGCUCUGUUAUAUUUUCUUCGCUUUUGCAUUCGUGGUGAAUAUACUGAGGGACGUGUUUCCAGUAAAAUAUGGGAAGUGGGUUCCUCUGCCAAUGUGCAUCGCUGUGCCAUUUUUGGUUGGGGCAAAUUUUGCGAUUGAUAUGUUUGUGGGGAGUUUGAUUGUGUUUGGAUGGCACAAGAUUAAUAGCAAGAAGGCGAGUUUGCUGAUACCUGCAGUUGCUUCAGGUUUGAUAUGUGGAGAUGGACUCUGGAUCUUACCGUCUUCUUUGCUCGCUCUAGCUAAGGUUAAUCCCCCCAUUUGUAUGAAAUUUGUAAAACCUUCAGUAGAGUAGGAAGUACGUAGAAGAGAAACGAAGCUUUAGUUUAGGAUUUUUUACGAUGCCAGAGAAAUAUAUAAAUUACGUAAGCCAGAACAUUGUGAGAGAAUGUGAGCUGCUCGUGUUGUAUUCAAGAGUACUUUAUGCAUGCAAUCUGAAGUAGAUUGUUCAAAUAUUUCUUGAUGGAUUUUUUUCAAGGAAAUAGACAGGCUCUGGUAAUUUUCAAUCAA